GUCUGUGAAGGUAUGCCACGUCACACUGUGGUGUCGUUCAGCACUUUGCCGAUGCUGACGUGGCCUAAACCUCCUUGGGUACAAAUGUUCAAAUUAAUAUUUAUGUCAUGUUUUGUCUGGCCCCAUGACUUCAGGUCGAACCCUCCGGCAGCAACGAGACGACGGUGCGUUACUUAACUGAGCUCGAGACAGCAGACGGGAACUCCCGAGUCACUGCUCACGUAACAUGACAGGAAUUCAUUACCGAAUUAUGUGCAGGCUAUUGUUUUGUAUUUUGAUUUGUGGUGCUUGUCGUGCUGAAAAUGUUCAAUUUGUCUCUAGUUUCCCAUCACACUGCCCUUUAUGUCUGAAAGCAUUUCAUAUCUGAAUGUGUAAAUGAUUGAAUUUGUGGAUCUUUUGUGUUCAGUAAGCAACAACACCCCUAUAAAUAUUUAGGUGCACUUAAAAUCCCUCUCCCAUUAAGCAAAGCAGAAUCUAUUAAUAAUUGAAGUGAGCCAGUUUAUUUUUGCCCCCAAUCAUUAGGCCAGUUGGGAACGUAAUGAAGUCUAAACAACAGAACAGGAAACACUUCUGGGCAGUCAUGAGCUUGCUGUUUGUUCUUGGGAAUUUUUGAAUUUGUUCAGAGAUUUGGGAACUUCAGUUGAGUACUGACAAAAAGACUUUUCCUGGUUUACACUUUAUGUACAAAACCACUCAUCUCUCCUGGUCUUUCAGUUACUCUGUAUUCACACUCUUUUCUCACAUGCGUGACUAAAUAUAUCUGAACUAUUGAAGCACUUGGACCAAUGAAGGUUCCCACGUGACCUCGGUGCCCCAAAAAUACACUAGUUUGCUCCUGUAAAAACCUCCGCCGUGGACGUGUGACUUGAGGCUCAGCCCACCUCUUUAUCCCCCGGGGGGCCAUUAUACGCCACUGAAAACAAUUACAUAAAGCCCCACACACUGAAUUGGCGAGGGUUCAUCUGCUUAUAACAGGGGAUUUUGGUUAACUGGAUUAGCAGUAGAUUUAAACUCUGCAUUUAGGUCCAAGAAGUAAAAAAUAAAUCGGUGAGCUCGUCUGCGCAUCGCGUAUAAAAGACCGACAUGACCGACUCCUCGACACAGCUCGGACACGGCAACGGCUCUGCACUGAAAACCUCCCGCCUCUUCAUCCUUCACCUCAGAAUGGACUAUCAACUGAUUGCCCUGGCGAUGUUGCUCAUGGCCUUCAUUGAGCAGAGCCUGGCCUCCUGCGUGGUGGACAGCUUCACCGUCAAACAGGACUUCGACCCCGUGAGAUAUGCUGGAAAAUGGUACGCUCUGCAGAAGAAAGACCCCGAGGGCUUGUUCCUGCAGGACAACAUCUCUGCUGAGUACACCGUCGGAGAUGACGGUGCCAUGGUGGCCUCCUCCAGGGGCAGAGUCACUCUCUUUGGGUUCUGGGUUGUGUGCGCCGACAUGGCAGCGCAGUACUCGGUGCCCGACCCCGUCACCCCUGGCAAGAUGUUCAUGAACUACCAGGGCCUGGCCAGCUACCUGUCGAGUGGCGGUGACAACUACUGGGUCAUCGACACAGACUACGACAACUACGCCAUCACCUACGCCUGCCGCACCCUGAAGGAGGACGGCAGCUGCGAGGACGGCUACGCCAUUGUUUUCUCCCGCAACCCCCGUGGCUUCUCCCCCGCCACCCAGAGGGUCGUCCGCCAAAAGCAGGAGGAAAUCUGCAUGGCCGGACAGUUCCAGCCCGUGCUGCAGUCCGGAGCUUGCUAAGCUGGUUCACUGAGCAGCCGUUCAUCACGGUGCCCGAGACGAAGACGGUUCCUCCUCUCCGAGAUGCGAAGAGGAGAAUAAUCCUGUUGUACUUAUGAUUUGCCAUGUUCCAACAGCAAUACGACGAACAAGCUGUUGAAUCCAAUUCAGUGCCCCGUGAACAAAUGUAAUCAAUACUGCCAAAACAAAAAUAUACUCCCAGGCCUAACCUAACAACAACAAAAAAUCUAUUAUCGCAUUAGUGAAUAUGAGAAUAGAACCAACCGUGCAGUAUAGUCACACAGAUGGAGAAUAUCUGCACUGAAUAAUCAUUCUGUAUUUGGUAACAAUAAAUUUUUGUACAAAAACUUGCUGUUGUCCUCAUCUUUGGAGAAUAAGAACUAGAGCUGCAACAGCUGAUCGACUAAUUAAUUAGUAAUCGACUACUAAAUUAAUCGCCAACUAUUUUGAUAAUCGAUUAAUCACAACUCGUACUUUGUA